UGUAAUUAAUAAUCUGCUGCUUCUUUUUUAGGAAUUAACAAAAUAUGUCAACUUUUUCCUACAUUGGUGGUUUUACUGUUUUUGUUGUCAUUUCAAGUGUUUCUCUUUUUUAAAUGGUAUGUUCUUUCUUUCAAUCAUGGAGCUUUAAGUUUUCAACAUGGCAACCCAAUAACGGUGUAGCAACACCACCCUGAUUUACCAUGUCGAAAGCAACCAAACGAAAACACGUUACGAAAGAAAUUCUUGAAGAUUAUUAUGUCCCAGAAGAUGGGGAAGAGAUUGUCAAGAUUGUUGGAGGUCGUGGAAACAACCUGCACGAAGUACAAGACUCGAUUGGUAGACAAUUUUUAGCUAGUAUGCCAACAAAAUUUAGAAAAAAUGUUUGGGUUAAGCGAGGAGAUUUUGUUGUUGUGACACCCAUAGAAGAAGGAGUUAAAGUGAGAGGAGAGAUUGUCUACAUUCUUUAUGCCAAACAAAUAAAAUAUUUGAAAUUUGAAAAACUGUGGCCACAAGGUUUUAAUGAUGAAGUAAAAAACACUAAUCCUGCUCAAUCCAGCCCAGAAGAUAUUAAUGGCAACACCAAAACUGAAGAACCAAGUAAACCACACCCAGUUGAACACGACACCAAUAACGACAACGCUGAUGUCGAUUACGACGACGAUGUUUCCAGUGACGAUGAUGACGAUCUGUUUGAAAAUCCGAAUCAUCGCCCUACGUAUUAUUAUGAAGAUGAUGACAGUAGCGAGGAGAAAGAAACUUCAGAUGAGGACGAAGAAGAAUUAGAAGAAGAAGAAAAGGAAGAGAGCGAGGACGCAAAAAAUAACGGCGAGGGAUACACAAGCCUAGAUAAAGGUUUCCAGCAGCUUAAACUUUGAUACAGAUAAAUAAAAUUCUAGACUGGAACAAUGUUUACUGUGGUUGCUUCGACCACGAUUACUUUUACUGUCUUAAUUGUAUAAUUCAUAAAACAUAAACGAGUACGACAAAAAAAAGCAAGCAAUGCUAGUCUGUGUUGUAUUUGUAGCAUUUUUGUCAUUAUAUUGAAAUUAUUUUUUACAAAUAUAUUUAUACUCAAAUUC